AUGUCGGGCAAAUCGAGUACAUCGUCUAGUCCAUAUUCGAGUAAAGAUAGCUCGCCUAACAAGCUUGAGUUUGUUGUUGGAAAUAGACUCGAGGCCAUGGAUUAUAUGUGUAACUGGUAAGCGACAAUUAUAGUAUAUUUUAUGGUUUUUUAUCUAGUUUAUUAACGAUAGGUACUUAAACAUUUUGGGCAUAUAGAUUUUAUAGAUAUUCUGGAUUAUACUAGAAGUGGAUUAUAUCACUCUCAGUAUAAAUAUCUAAACGAACUAGCCAGAAUAGCAUGACUUAUACUAGCAACGAUUCUGUGAAACAAAUAUGUUUGUGUAGAUUAUGCGAUAGUUUGUCCAAGCCAUGUUAUAAUUUAUCCAAUGUCAUUUAAGGAUCGAUGGUGACGGAUUUUCAUUAUUUGUGUAAACGCAGACAAACUAGGGCUGCGUCCUCGUUCUCCUCACAGAAAUACAGCUUAUAUUUACAAGCUUUCGUUGGUAGGGAUACAACUACCUGAAAAAUAUAAGGAGAAUUUCAACGUUUCGAGCGAAGGCCCCUUGUCGAAAUUCUCCUCAUAUUUUUCAGGUUGUUACAUCCCUACUAACGACAGCUUGUUGUUAUAGACCUUUCCCCUUAUGAGUGAAAUUCUGAUCUAGAUAUGCCUGGACAAAAAUUUCAUCACAGCUUGAAGGAGCAUCACAAAAUUAGUAAUAUUCCGAAGUUUUGUUGCGAAAUGUUGUAAAAUGCGGAUAAUAUAGCCUUGCGAAGUUUGCCGUUUUUCAGUCAUUUUGUAUUACAAACAGGAAAUUGAUAAUCAGAUGAUCAAACUGAUUAUCAAUUUCCCAUUUGUAAUACAAAAUGACUGAAAAACGGCAAACUUCGCAAGGCUAUAUUAUCCGCAUUUUACAACAUUUCGCAACGAAACUUCGGAAUAUUACAAAUUUUGUGAUGCUCUUUCAAGCUGUGAUGAAUUUUUUGUCCAGACUUGUCUAGAUCAAAAUUUCACUCAAAAGGGGAAAGGUCUAUUGACACUACCCAGGCAGUUUAAGAUUAUAUAACACAAAAUUGUAUUUUACAUCAGGUAUGUAUCAAAGAUUGCGAAGGUUGACCACAAGAAGAAGAAAAUCUUGAUUCAUUUUGAAGGAUGGAACUCUCGAUAUGACGAGUGGGUCUCGUUUGAUAGUAAGAAAAUACGAGCUUUGCCCAAAGAGAAAUUGAAGUCUACAAGUAAAGCCAAAGAAUUUAAG